UUCAAAACCACCUUAGAUCCCCAUUUACACACACUCUCUCUCUUACUUUCUCUCUCUAAAACAAACCUUGCUUUUCACCGGAGGAUCUGACGCCACCACCAUGGCUCAGCUCCGCUGCUCCACCUCCACCCCGCACCAUUUCCCCUCCACCCCGAUCCCUCGCCUCCCACUUUCUCUCUCUAAACCUUACUCCUUUUCUCUCUCUAGACCUACCGGCCACAUCUCACUUUCCCUCUCUAGAUCUUCUCAGGAGCCCACAUUAGCAGGCGGCGAUUCCGGGGACCCCCCUCGAUUUUCCGGCAAUGGAGGUGGCGGUGGCGGCCAAAACCCAGGUGACCACGAUCACCAUUUCUCUGAAAACCCUGAUCCCAAGCCAAAAGGGCUGUUAUCUCUCUUCCUCCAUGGCUGGAAAUGCAGAGUAGAGGCAGAUCCUCAGUUCCCCUUCAAAGUUUUGAUGGAGGAGCUUGUUGGUGUCUCAGCCUGUGUCCUUGGAGACAUGGCUUCUCGACCCAACUUCGGCCUCAACGAGCUCGAUUUAGUGUUCUCGACUCUGGUUGUUGGGUCGAUCCUGAACUUCACUCUUAUGUAUCUUUUGGCCCCAUCUUCUCUCUCUAGCUCUCAAGCUCUUCCCGGGCUGUUUUCCUCUUGCCCACCAAGCCAUAUGUUCGAACCAGGCGGCUUUGGCCUCUUGUCAAGAAUGGGUACCUUUGUUUACAAAGGAUUUGUGUUCUCGGCUGUCGGAUUUGUGGCCGGAUUGGUUGGGACUACCCUGUCCAAUGGCUUGAUUUCAGCGAGGAAGAAAAUGGACCCAAAUUUUGAGACCCCAAAUAAGCCACCACCCACUUUGUUAAAUGCUUAUACGUGGGCUCUCCAUAUGGGGUUUAGCAGUAAUUUUAGGUAUCAGACCCUUAAUGGAGUUGAGUUUUUGUUGGCAAAAGGGCUUCCGCCUGCCGGUUUCAAGGCCAGUGUUGUGCUUUUGAGGUGCUUGAAUAAUGUUUUGGGGGGAGUUACAUUUGUGAUGCUUGCUAGAUUGACUGGUUCACAAAAAGCUCAAGAUCAAGAGAAGGAUACAUUAAAGGAGAAAUUGAUUGAAGAGGAAGAGGAGAUUAGAGAAAGCCAGUCGGCUUGUAAGUGAGUUUUCAUUUUUAUGGGUCUUUUGGUAUUUUUUGCUUUUUUUUAUGUUAGUUUUUGUUUGGUUUAGUCUUGAUUUAUGUGAGGAAAGGAAUUUUAGGUUUUCAGGAGAAGGUCGUGGUUUAUGCUCUAUAAUGGGUAGAGGUUUUCUGUGGGUUUUGCCCCAUUGCUUAUUAAUCUAUGGAUUUUUAGUUGAGGAU